AUGAACAUUCGCAAAGACGUCUGCCUCGCUCACUUUCAGCUUCGCAGCGUUCUUGCCUGCCCGACUCGUACCCACGCCUAUUAUCCAACACCCCAGGGCAUCGCGCGCAUGAAUUUAGCAUCUAGAAAAUCGGAACCUUUCAUGAACACGCGCGAUUUCCCGGGUGCUGGAGCGAUCAUUUCCACUGUCGAUGCCGAUUGCGGCGUUCUUAUGUGUGGUACGUUCAAUGGUGAGUAUUACAUCAAGAGUCUUGACGCUCCAGAAAGGCAAGCCCAUUCAGAAGGUCAAAUAACUUCGGAUCCCGGCGGCAUCACCAAUCAUAUCAAAAUCCACAAACCACGACUUUCUUGUGGGCCUGCGGCAGCCAUUGCGAGCAACGACCACGGAUUCCGACUACUGGAUUUGGAAACUCAAAAAGUCGUGCAAGAAAAGAAAUACCCGUUUGCCCUCAACUGCACAGCUGUUUCUCCAGACAGACGACUGCGAACCGUGGUAGGCGAUCACUUCAAUGUCCUUAUCACGAAUGCCGACACAGGCGAGGUGCUGCAGGAGCUUGGCGGCCACCGCGACUAUGGCUUCGCUUGCGACUGGUCCGACGACGGCUGGACCGUGGCCACGGGCUUCCAGGACAUGGCCGUCAAGAUCUGGGAUGCGAGACGCUGGUGCAACUCGAGCGGCGUCUCUAUGCCGCUGUGUACGGUCCGCACGGAGAUGGCGGGAGCCCGCAGUUUGCGCUUCUCUCCUCUUGGGAGUGGCCCGCCCGUACUGGUUGCCGCCGAGGAGGCUGACUUUGUCAACAUUAUCGACGCCAAGAUGUUUCACUACAAACAAGAGAUUGAUGUCUUUGGCGAGAUUGGCGGCGUUGCUUUUGCCAAUGACGGUCAAGACCUCAACGUGCUGUGCUGCGAUACACAUCGCGGCGGCCUCCUGCAGCUGCAGCGCUGUCGUGGGCGACGCAGCUUUGUGCGUAGCUACGACGAGGAAGCCAUGGCGAACCGUCACUCGUGGCUCCCUGAUACCGAGUCGACACCUGCCAUGCACAAGAUACCCCCAAUAUUUUAA